AUGGAUUCUGAAGACGAUCCCUUGCUGCAGGAUGUGUGGCCAGAGGAGGAGGAGGAAGGGACUGGAGACGCCUUUAGGGGGGCCCACAAGUCGGGGCCCCGAGCUGGGGCAGUAGGGCACUGUUGCUGGCGGCGGUGGACCUUCCCUCCCGGGCCGCCAGCCUCGGGGUUCUGGAGUACUCUGGGCUGGGCCUUCACCAACCCGUGCUGCGCGGGCUUGGUGCUCUUCCUGGGCUGCAGCGUGCCCAUGGCGCUGUCGGCCUUCAUGUUCCUCUACUACCCUCCCCUGGACAUCGACAUCUCCUACAACGCCUUCGAGAUCCGCAACCACGAGGCCUCGCAGCGCUUCGACGCCCUGGCCUUGGCUCUCAAGUCCCAGUUUGGAUCCUGGGGUCGCAGCAGGCGCGACCUGGCCGACCUCACUUCCGAGACGCUUCAGCGCCUCAUCGCUGAGCGCCUGCAGCAGCUGCACCUGGGGAACCGCUCCAGACCGGCCCGAGCCCCGCGGGCCGCCCCCGCGGCCGCCUGGGACCCCUCAGCGGCCCCAAGGCCAGCGGCCCCUCAGAACCAGAGAGAAGCCUCGCCCCUGGCGGGAGGGACAGCCAACCAGAAUGAAGCCUCGCAGGACCAGCCAGUGGUGGCCAAGAAAGAGCCACACCAGCCCAGCGCCCCACCCCCUGCAGCCACCGUGGCCAAUCAGAGCCGUGCCCGUCGAGGUGCCGCCUCGCACUGGGACUACUCACGCACCUACGUAAGCGCCAACACUCAAACGCAUGCGCACUGGCGCAUCGAGCUCAUCUUCCUGGCGCGCGGCGAUGCCGAGCGCAACAUUUUCACCAGCGAGCGGCUGGUGACGAUCCACGAGAUCGAGCGCAAGAUCAUGGACCACCCGGGCUUCCGGGAGUUCUGCUGGAAGCCCCACGAGGUGCUCAAAGACCUGCCUCUGGGCUCCUACUCGUACUGCUCCCCGCCCAGCUCCCUCAUGACCUACUUCUUCCCCACCGAGAGGGGCGGCAAGAUCUACUACGACGGCAUGGGCCAGGACCUGGCCGACAUCCAGGGCUCCCUAGAGCUGGCCAUGACUCACCCAGAGUUCUACUGGUAUGUGGAUGAGGGCCUCUCCGCAGACAAUCUGAAGAGCUCCCUCCUGCGUAGCGAGAUCCUGUUUGGGGCACCCCUGCCCAACUAUUAUUCAGUGGAUGACCGCUGGGAGGAGCAACGGGCCAAGUUUCAGAGCUUCGUGGUCACAUAUGUGGCCAUGCUGGCCAAGCAGUCCACCAGCAAAGUCCAGGUCCUCUACGGGGGAACAGACCUCUUCGACUACGAGGUGCGCAGGACCUUCAACAACGACAUGCUCCUGGCCUUCAUCAGCAGCAGCUGCAUUGCCGCCCUCGUCUACAUCCUCACUUCCUGUUCAGUGUUCCUGUCCUUCUUUGGGAUCGCCAGCAUUGGCCUCAGCUGCCUGGUGGCCCUCUUUCUCUACCACGUGGUCUUUGGCAUCCAGUACCUGGGCAUCCUCAACGGCGUGGCUGCCUUUGUGAUCGUGGGGAUUGGGGUGGACGACGUCUUUGUAUUCAUCAACACCUACCGCCAGGCCGCACACCUAGAAGACCCGCAGCUACGCAUGAUCCACACCAUCCAGACGGCAGGCAAGGCCACCUUCUUCACCUCCCUCACCACGGCCGCCGCCUAUGCAGCCAACAUCUUCUCCCAGAUCCCGGCCGUGCAUGACUUCGGGCUGUUCAUGUCGCUCAUUGUGUCCUGCUGCUGGCUGGCCGUGCUGGUCACCAUGCCCGCCGCCCUGGGCCUCUGGAGCCUCUACCUGGCGCCGCUGGAGAGCUCCUGCCAGGCCAGCUGCCACCAGAGGUGCGGCCACUUCCCAGGCGGCGGCCCUGCCCCGGGCCCCGCGCCCUACCUGGACGACGACAUCCCCUUGCUGAGUGUGGAGGAGGGGCCAGUGUCUCUGGAACUGGGAGACGUGACGCUGGUGUCCGUGCCCCCGGAGGGCCUGCAGCCCUCGGCCUCCCGUGGAGGCAGCCGGGGACAGCUCCUGGCACAGCUGCAGGAGCUGCUGCACCACUGGGCCCUGUGGUCAGCCGUCAAGAGUCGCUGGGUGGUCGUGGGGCUCUUCGUCUCCAUCCUCAUCCUGUCCCUGGUGUUCGCCAGCCGGCUGCGUCCCGCCAGCCGGGCCCCACUGCUCUUUCGGCCUGACACCAACAUCCAGGUGCUGCUGGACCUCAAAUACAACCUGAGCGCGGAGGGCAUCUCCUGCAUCACCUGCUCAGGUCUGUUCCAGGAGAAGCCGCACAGCCUGCAGAACAACAUCCGCGCUUCCCUGGAGAAGAAAAGGCGAGGCUCAGGUGUCCCCUGGGCCGGCCGGCCGGAGGUCCUCCCGCAGGACUCAGCGGGCACCGUGUACAUCUCCAAAGCGAAGGCUAAAGGCCGCCCAGCUAUCUACAGGCUCUCCCUCAAUGCCAGCCUACCAGCGCCUUGGCAGGCCGUGUCCCCGGGGGACGGAGAGGUGCCCUCCUUCCAGGUGUAUAGAGCGCCUUUUGGUGACUUCACCAAGAAGCUGACCGCUUGUAUGUCUACAGUAGGGCUGCUCCAGGCGGCGAGCCCCUCCCGCAGGUGGAUGCUGACGACCUUGGCCUGCGACGCCAGGCGGGGCUGGAGGCUCGACUUCAGCUUUUACGUGGCCGCCACGGAGCAGCAGCAUACCCGGAAGCUGUACUUCGCCCAGUCCCACCGGCCACCCUUCCACGGACGCGUGUGCCUGGCACCUCCCGGGUGCCUGCUCAGCUCCAGCCCCGACGGGCCCACCAAAGGCUUCUUCUUUGUGCCCAGUGAGAAAGUGCCCAAGGCCCGCCUCUCAGCCACCUUCGGCUUCAACCCCUGUGUGAACACAGGCUGCGGGAAGCCAGCCGUGCGGCCCCUGGUAGACACCGGGGCCAUGGUCUUCGUGGUCUUUGGCAUCGUUGGCAUUAACCGCACCCAGCAGGUCGACAACCACGUGAUCGGAGACCCAGGCAGCGUCGUCUACGACAGCAGCUUUGACCUCUUCAAGGAAAUCGGCCACCUGUGUCGCCUCUGCAAGGCGAUCGCGGGCAACGCGGAGCUGGUGAAGCCGGGCGGGGCGCAGUGCCUGCCCUCAGGCUACAGCAUCUCCUCCUUCCUGCAGAUGCUGCACCCCGAAUGCAAGGAGCUGCCGGAGCCCAACCUGCUGCCUGGACAGCUGUCGCACGGGGCAGUGGGCGUCAAGGAGGGCCGCGUGCAGUGGAUCUCCAUGGCCUUCGAGUCGACCACGUACAAGGGCAAGGCCUCCUUCCAAACCUACUCGGACUACCUGCGCUGGGAGGGCUUCCUCCGGCAGCAGCUGCAGACGUUCCCCGAGGGCUCGGCCCUGCGCCGAGGCUUCCAGACUUGUGAGCACUGGAAGCAGAUAUUCAUGGAGAUCAUAGGGGUGCAGAGUGCCCUGUACGGCCUGGUCCUCUCCCUGCUCAUCUGUGUGGCCGCUGUGGCCGUGUUCACCACCCACGUCCUGCUCCUGCUGCCGGUGCUCCUGAGUAUCCUCGGCAUCGUCUGCCUCGUGGUGACCAUCAUGUACUGGAGCGGCUGGGAGAUGGGCGCCGUGGAAGCCAUCUCCCUGUCCAUCCUGGUCGGCUCCUCGGUGGAUUACUGCGUGCACCUGGUGGAGGGCUACCUUCUGGCCGGGGAGAACCUGCCGCCGCACCAGGCUGAGGAUGCCCACUCGCAGCGCCAGUGGCGGACGCUGGAGGCCGUGCGGCACGUGGGCGUGGCCAUCGUGUCCAGCGCCCUCACCACCGUGGUGGCCACCGUGCCGCUCUUCUUCUGCAUCAUCGCUCCUUUCGCCAAGUUCGGCAAGAUCGUGGCCCUCAACACGGGCGUGUCCAUCCUGUACACGCUCACCGUGAGCACCGCGCUGCUGGCCAUCAUGGCCCCUGGCUCCUUCACCCGCUCCAGGACUUCCUUCCUCAAGGCGCUGGGCGCUGUGCUGCUGGCAGGGGCCCUGGGGCUGGGCGCCUGCCUGGCGCUCCUGCGCAGUGGCUACAAGAUCCCCCUGCCCAGCGGGGCCGCCCUAUAGCCCUGUGCCCGGCUCCUCACUGCACCCUGGCCCAGCGCAGAGGGGGACAGCCGCGCUCUGGCCUCAGAGGCUUCACUUGAGGCAGGCCCCACAGCCAGAGCCUGAGCUGGGUGA